UUACCCCAUUGGCUAGAGUUGGUGGUCAGUUGCUUUAAAACGCGGAUCAUGUUUGUAACCGGUAGUUACGAGAAGCGUCCUGAUACUGCUACUUCCGUUUCAGUUUGUAUGGCACAGAAACGUGAAUGGAAACGCGUACAUUUUUACGACACAUGCAUUGUAAAUGUUAUAUUUUAAGACACAGAGUUAGAAAAAGAAUUUAAAAUCUAGAUCUAACAUUUGCAUGGCGUGGGGAAGAGGUAAUGUGGAACUGUAUAAAAAAGACAGUAAAUUUGAAAGCUUUCUUAAGAGGAGUUUCUCAGAUGAGGCGUUCGAGCGAGUACGUGCAUACGAGUCUUGUGUGAUUUCUUCAGAAAAGGAAAGUAAAGCAUUCAAAUUCAUUGUUCUCAGUGAUGAAAGGCUGUAUCUCACGGAAAACCCUCCUAAAACUGUUGAGGAAGCAGUGCACCUAAAGGAUGUAAUUUCUGUCGAGCUGGUGAAUGAAUUUCCUGAUUUUCUAAGAGGCAAAGAGCGCACCAACACACAACACAUUGCAGUCACUUAUUGGACAUCAGAACCUAAGCGAAGGUCUUACAGGAGGUCUAAAAAGUCACCAAGAAGCUCGCUUACUGACCUGAACUCGGAAAGGUUUGGCUCGUCCACUCCUCUGGGGUAUGCUAACUCUAUUGAGGGAAGUCUGCCUGACCUGGGCUACCUGACUCAGAGUUCUGGCAGUUUGCCACCAAGUCGACCCACCAGCAGAGGAAGCAUUCAGACAGCUGUUCAAACCAAGAAGAAGAAAAAGUCUCAAGGUUUAAAUGAUAGUCAUGAUCAUGAGAGUAACUUGCGCUCACUCAAGGAAGUGCAGGAAGAAGAUAUGAUGGAAACAAUAGAGGAAGGGAGGUUACCCUCCUCUCGCUCCACUGCCACAUCCAGAAACAGGUGUCCACCUGCCAACUCCAUGAACCAGUUGCAAAAAGACAAAAACUUAUUGAAUCAAAAGAAAAACAUUGGCACUAAGACUUCCGAGAGUGAUGUUAUGUCCAUAAGCAGUUCCACAGGUCGCUUGCAGAAGGUGCCUCCUAUAAUCAAGACAGGUGAUUUCAGGCCAUCAUCUAAACAGAAUAUAAUGGAGAAAGAAAAGCAAGAAAUAAUCUCAACAAAAGUGGAGAAUGUCAACAACACUGGCUGUUGUUUCUUCUUUGGAUUUAAUAGAGGCACAAAAAAUCAGAUAACACCGUCUAACAGUAGUAGCGUCAUUAAUGCGGAUGCACAGCCAGAGCAAUUUAAAGCCAAACUUUUACAGAACACAAACAACGCCCCCAGUCAGACAUCUGGAGCCUCUAUUCCUUCACCCAGCAGAGCAUCAUCUAAUGUUCGAUCCUCAUCACGCAGUUCACUUCUAGACCCUGAAAGAAAUCAUUCUCAGCUAAACACUUCAUUCAGUGACAUGGGCAGCUCUAUCUCAUUUCUUGGACUUCAUCAUUUGUCAGUGGAUGGAAGUCUGGUGGAGAAUAGGAAAUGUGUCCUCAACAUCUACAUCCUAAACCUGACGUCUCCAUUAUUGAUGCUCAUCAAAAGUGCCUGGAACAACUACAUCAUUAAAUCAACCCUUGCUUUAGAGCCUGAAGUCAUUCAAGUAUCGACUGAUCCAAAAGUUAUAAAUGCCACAAAAAGCAGAUCUUUAGCUUGGAGAGAGCAAGUAGAACAUGAUUUUCUUCAGCUCAAAAGAAGUUUGUUUAAAACUAAUCUCUCUGUUGAAGAGCUCUUUGAGUAUAUUGAUCAGUUUCAGAAGGCUACAAAGUCAAAUAUUUUGCUGAAAAAACUAUUUUGGAAGCAAUCAGACCUGUUUACAUUUUUUAUUACCCAAUUGCAACAAUACCUACCUCAUACAAAAGCUGAAUUGAAGACAGAUGAAGGGAAAGUACAGAGAGCUGAUGAAAUAGAACUUUCAAUCCUGAUUCUAACAACCUUGAACUUGAUGUUCAGGGAGUCUGAAAUACUACCUUACAGAUUAAACACAGUGAAACUAGAAAGUGGGAAGUUUUUAACAGGACUUUUAAAGAUAGUGGUCAGUCCACCAGAUUUUCCAUAUCAACCUUUAAAUCUGACCAAGCACUGGACAACACCUGUCCAUGGCAGCAAGGUGACCAAAGCACAUCAGAAUGUUGAUGAAGAACUUGUGAGACUAAAGGCUGACUUUACUAAGACUGCCAUAUCAACUCUGUUUGAGUUAAUCAUGCUGGUCAAGCAGGCUCCUAGUGAUGAGUUAGAUAUAAUGUCUGUGCCGGGAUUGAUAGCAGUAUGCAAUCAUGUGAAUGCCACUGAAAAGUUUGUGGAUAAUCUUGUUGGGCAAAUCAUGGAGCUCUUCACUUUAUCAAGGUUUGAAAUGUUGAGUCCAACUCAGUCCUUAUUGGUGUUUCAAAUGUUUACGGUGCUCAUGACAUUCAUAGAAGAAAAUAAGUCUGUAGUCAUCCAUCUUCGGAAUAAUUACUAUGAAGAGUUCAAAUAUUUUAUCCAGGCUCAAGCAGUCUCAAAGAAACUCCCUUCCCAUUAUCCACUGAAAGGUCCAUCCAUCAAUCUCAUAGAAAGUGUUGUGACUAAAGUGCUUGGAAAUCAAAUCCAUAUUUCUUCAAAAGACUUUUCGUGACCUUGUACAAAGAAAUCAAAUGUCAGUGACAUUGGAAUAUAACUUCAAAACAUUGGAAUCAUUUACUGUUAACAGAAGUGAUGUUAAAAUGCAGUAAUUUUUGUUAUGCUUUUGCCAAACAUUUUGUUAUAUCAUCUGUGGUUUUAUUCAUGAGUGAUAAAUAGUUCCCUGGUUAUUGUUUUGAAAAUUAGAAAAAUGUAGAAAUCACAAGUGAUUCAUUGUUUCAAGUGUGAUGCACUACAUUACCACUACUUUAUUGGGUCAUAUCUUGUUUGUUUUUGUUCAUCAUUUAAUCUAUCGGUAAAUGUUGACAGAUAUGUAUGUCACCGAAUAUGGGUGUGAUGGCAGAGUCAUUAGACACUUCAUUCAUAGAGAUAUUGUUCAUGUACUUUAUUGUAGGCAAAAUAAACUCAGGUCCAUAAAUAAUUUCAUUCAUAAUUUCAUUCACACUAAAUUGAGUUCCCUUAAUUUCAGGAUCAUGUGAGUAGUCUUAAAACUUUUUUUUUUAAACUAUAUUUUAAGGUAAUUAGCAUUUUUAGCAUAUCCUAAUGUCAUUCUUUGGUAUUGUUAGGGUUAGGUAUGCUAUUUAUUCCCAUUAAACUUCAACUCCUUAUCCUACUUUUAUAACUGGAGAGAUACAUUUGUUAAUGUAGUUUGUUUGUUUGAAUUGCAAGUUGCAGUAUAUCAAAAACAAACAAAAUCACCACUAUUUAUUUACAUCCCACUUUUCUUAUAUUUCUUUUGUGUAUUUUUUUGUCUGCUGUAUAGGACUUUAAUGUUCUAAAAUGAUUUUUUCCCUUUGUUUGUUGGCUGUUAUUAUAAUUGUUUUAAAAAGUCAUGCCCUUUUAUGAAGGAUGCUAACCAGUUGUUGCUAUUACCUUAUUUUUGUACAAAUAACCCAUGGGCUAUACAAGUUUUUACAAAUGGAUGGCAGCGGUGCGGGGUAUACAAAAUCUAUUUUACUCAUGAACAUAGCAUAACGGAAACUAAGGAUGUACCGCUGGUUACUUAUACCCCUCCUCUAGUUGGCGGCUGUGUGAUUGUGAAAUAUACAUUGGAAAUCUUUAUGAACAUCUCAUUAUAAACCUCAAGAAACAAAUAGUACGGUCGUGGAUACGGAUUUAAAUUCUGUUCUACGAUAUCCUCGAGAGACAGACUUCUGAUGAGCAGCAACUAUAUGUAUCAGUAGCUUACGGCAAGUCAAAGUUUGCACAUGUGGGGAGUUUGUAAGGGUGCAGGUUGUACGGUUUUGUUUUUUACUUAUUUUGUAUUUUGUGCAGGAUAUUUGUGUAUGCGGGGCAUAUGCCCUCAGUUAUGGUAUUAUUUUAUUUCUUAGGAAUGUGUCUCUACUGCUGCUGAUGUUUGUUGUUUACUUUUCUUAUCAAGCAAUACUUCUACACCAUGACUCAUACAAUUGUUUCAUGAUAGUUCAUGUCUCUUACAUCAUUAUUUGUUUUUAUAUAUUUUUUGACAUGUUAUUAUAUUGUAGCCUGACACUCUCAUUUAGCUCAGCAAUUUGUUUUUCUCUCUUUGUUGAAAUAGAUUUAUGUCUACAAUUUAAAUUAAUAAUAUGUUGAAACAUUGUGAUUGCUAUUCAUAUGUGAUGCAUACGUUGUUAUUUGUGAAACAGUUCUUUUUUUAAUGGUUAGUAUUCUCCCAUACUUAGUAUUUAAAUCCUGGUUCCUUAAACUAGUGAUAACUUCAUCAUCAAAUUUAAAACAUACAAGUUUCCUUCAGGCCAAACAGGGGCCACUAAAAUCUUGUUUCAGUUUUGUAUUAUUGCCUUAAAGUAACCACUUAAAAUCAUCUGCUAAGUUGAGUUUGCGCCUUACUGCAAGUUUAUAACACCAAUAGCCUUUUGUUUGUGUGUGUGUGUGAAUGGAAUGCACAAAUGCUUUUGGUUUAGCAGAAAGAAAAAAAAAGAUAUGAAUACAAUAUGCCACAAGAGAUAUGUUCCUUCAAAAGCCUUCCAUAUAACCACUAUCAUUGAAAUGAAUGUGUCUAAGCUGAAAUGUUUGUUACAAUUAUUGCCCCUAAGCUUAUUUUCAUAAACAAAGGCACAGGAAAAAAUUCUCUAGCAAAUGAACCAAAAAGAUAAUGAUGUUAGAUAUUUAUUUUACUUUGAUGUUUAGGGUGGUAUUCGCUUUGGGCUGUUAUCCAAUGAUCUGAACAUAACCCUUUGUCAUCCCCUGCCGUCUAGCCCUUGGAGGUUUAGACUGGAGGUUUAGACUAGGUUUAUGUGGUAUGCGCUUUAAUUACUAGACCAAGGCUAAUGUUAUAAUCAUGAAUGGUAGGCCUUUUGUUACCGGGUAAUGGUGUACUAUGCUAUUCGUAUACGUAAAGGUCAUUUUAGAAGGAAUAUCUGAUAGGGCCUACUUGUAAAACAAACAACAAAGAAACAAUAUGUCAAAGUUACUAAUGUCAAUGUCAAUUUAAAGGGAAAUUAUCUCAAAGUGCUAAUGUCAAUUUUAAGAAAUACUAUCUCUAAGUGCUAGUCUUAAUAUACAUAUUUUGAUUUGUUUACACAGAAUCAGUCAAUCAGAAAUUAUUUCCCAUUAAAUACAUUUGUUUUCUUUCCUUUUUCCUUUGUUCAUUGACAGAAGUGAUUGCUAAGUCCAGCACUUUCUGCAAGCUAAUGAAGCAGACAUCUGCUGAUGGCACUAUGUUUGACUUUCUAAACAUUCCCUCACAUAAUCUUAUAAAGGUUGUACCCCACAAUUCCUGUUAGUAUUGCCCUUCUUAUUAACUAUAUUCAGCACAUUGGCAAAUACAGUUUAUCCUUAAUUAUUUCUUUGUCUUCAGUAAAUGUUCUAAUGUAUUUACUCAUUUUCUUAACAAGAUAACUAAUUUUAACUAUUUUUUACUUGUAACAUGUUAUUUUUCAUGCUAUAAGGAAUGUGAUCUAUUGUGAUAUUUGGGAAAAUCUUAUCAUAACCGUUGCAGGUUUCUUGUUUAUGUGGUAUGCGCUCUGGACUGUCAUCUGGAUAGUCCCGUUCUCCAGCCCUGUCGCUCUUCAUCCUCUGCUGUCUUCAUCCUCUGCUGUCUUCAUCCUCUGCUGUCUUCAUCCUCUGCUGUCUUCAUCCUCUGCUGUCUUCAUCCUCUGCUGUCUUCAUCCUCUGCUGUCUUCAUCCUCUGCUGUCUUCAUCCUCCGCUGUCUUCAUCCUCUGCUGUCUUCAUCCUCUGCUGUCUUCAUCCUCUGCUGUCUUCAUCCUCCGCUGUCUUCAUCCUCUGCUGUCUUCAUCCUCUGCUGUCUUCAUCCUCUGCUGUCUUCAUCCUCUGCUGUCUUCAUCCUCCACUGUCUUCAUCCUCUGUUGUCUUCAUCCUCUGCUGUCUUCAUCCUCUGUUGUCUUCAUCCUCUGCUGUCUUCAUCCUCUGUUGUCUUCAUCCUCUGUUGUCUUCAUCCUCUGCUGUCUUCAUCCUCUGUUGUCUUCAUCCUCUGCUGUCUUCAUCCUCUGUUGUCUUCAUCCUCUGCUGUCUUCAUCCUCCACUGUCUUCAUCCUCCGCUGUCUUCAUCCUCUGCUGUCUUCAUCCUCCGCUGUCUUAUGGUAGGUGCUGGCUAGAAUCUAGUAAUCUCCAUUCUAAAUGAACACUAAAGCAUGUAAAACAAACACAUCUUAUUAGGAAUGUUAUUUUUGAGAAUUCCUAGAUUGUUUUAAAAAAUCAUAUUAAAUACUUCCAACCCUU